AUGGCCGAUGAGGAUAUUCAACCACUCGUCUGUGAUAAUGGAACAGGAAUGGUUAAGGCUGGAUUUGCUGGAGAUGAUGCUCCGAGGGCUGUGUUUCCUAGCAUUGUUGGCCGACCACGCCACACCGGUGUGAUGGUUGGCAUGGGACAAAAGGAUGCAUAUGUUGGUGAUGAAGCUCAGUCCAAACGUGGUAUAUUGACUCUAAAAUAUCCAAUUGAGCAUGGUAUUGUGAGUAAUUGGGAUGAUAUGGAGAAGAUUUGGCAUCACACCUUCUACAAUGAGCUUCGUGUAGCCCCCGAGGAGCACCCGGUUUUGCUCACUGAAGCACCUCUUAACCCUAAGGCUAAUCGCGAGAAAAUGACUCAAAUUAUGUUUGAAACAUUCAACACACCUGCAAUGUAUGUUGCCAUUCAGGCCGUUCUAUCGCUCUAUGCCAGUGGUCGAACAACCGGUAUUGUUCUGGACUCUGGAGAUGGUGUGAGCCACACUGUACCUAUUUACGAAGGGUAUGCCCUUCCACAUGCUAUCCUUCGCCUCGAUUUAGCAGGGCGUGACCUCACCGACGCCCUGAUGAAAAUCCUAACCGAGCGCGGCUAUUCCUUCACAACUACAGCCGAGCGUGAAAUCGUAAGGGAUGUGAAGGAAAAAUUGGCUUACAUUGCACUUGAUUAUCAGCAAGAGCUUGAAACUUCAAGAACAAGUUCUUCUGUUGAGAAAACCUAUGAGCUUCCGGAUGGACAGAUCAUCACCAUUGGCGCUGAGCGUUUCCGUUGUCCUGAGGUUCUUUUCCAGCCAUCCAUGAUUGGAAUGGAAGCUGUUGGCAUUCACGAAACAACGUACAACUCAAUCAUGAAGUGUGAUGUUGAUAUCAGAAAGGACUUGUAUGGAAACAUAGUACUCAGUGGUGGUUCUACCAUGUUUCCUGGUAUUGCUGACAGAAUGAGCAAGGAAAUUACCGCGUUGGCUCCAAGCAGCAUGAAGAUCAAGGUGGUUGCUCCGCCCGAGCGAAAAUACAGUGUCUGGAUUGGUGGCUCUAUCUUAGCUUCUCUUAGCACUUUUCAACAGAUGUGGAUUGCAAAGGCCGAGUACGAUGAAUCCGGUCCUUCGAUUGUACACAGGAAAUGCUUUUAG